GCCACCGUGGCAACCGUGGCAUAUAGUUGAUCGAAGCGCAUCAAACCCCCGAGGCCUCUCCGCCGCCUGCCUCGCCCGGCGCGAGUUUGCAGACUCAAACCCCAACUUUCGUUUUGUUGUUCCCGUGACUACAUUCUUUACCGGCCACCUGGCGCAUCUCCUUCAAUAUGAUAGACGAUAAAUAUAUUGGGCUAGCUUUGGCCGUCUCCUCUAGUUUGGUGCUCGGCGUCAGCUUCGUAAUAACAAAGAAGGGUUUAAUACAAACGGAAGAAAAGCAUGGCUUCAAUGGAGAAGGGUUUCAGUAUCUACUGAAUGCCACAUGGUGGGCUGGCAGUCUGACAAUGGUCAUUGGGGAACUCUUCAACUUCGCCGCAUACGCCUAUGCCCCUGCGAUUCUAGUGACGCCAUUGGGCGCAUUGGCUGUUUUAAUAGGCGCUGUCCUAGGCUCGUAUUUCUUGAAGGAAGAGUUGGGAGUGCUCGGAAAGCUCGGCUGCGCCAUCUGUCUCCUUGGUGCUCUUAUUAUCGUGCUUCACGCGCCUCCUGAUGAGGAAGUCGAAACUGUUGACCAGAUCUUGCAGUACGCACUUCGACCAGGAUUCCUGAUUUAUUCUGUCAUCGUUGCUAUUUUCGCUGUCGUCAUGAUCUACAAAGUUGCGCCCAUCCACGGUAGGAGCAAUCCUCUGGUCUACAUGUCGAUCUGCUCUACCGUCGGCUCUGUCUCCGUCAUGUCUAUCAAGGCAUUCGGUAUCGCGCUUAAGCUCACCUUUGCCGGCAAUAACCAAUUCACUCACGCGUCGACCUACGUCUUUAUGAUCGUCACGGGUGGCUGCAUUCUGACACAACUAAACUAUUUCAACAAGGCACUUAGCCAGUUCCCUACCUCAAUCGUGAACCCAUUGUACUAUGUCACAUUUACAACAGCCACCCUCAUCGCUUCCUUUAUCCUCUUCUCCGGUUUCAAUACAACAGAUAUCAUCGGAACAUUUUCGCUCCUUUCUGGGUUCCUUAUCACCUUUGCUGGUGUUUACCUUCUCAACCUCUCCCGGAAGGAUCCAGAUGGAAUGAAGAUGCUUGCCGGCCAGGGUACUGAUGCUAUCGGCACCGAUAUGGUAUCAAGCAUCCAGACUCGCCUUAGCAUGCAAUCUAGGCGCAGUCAAGAUCCACGAGCUAGUAUAGGAAGCCGAGGUCACUCUGAUAGAGAGGGUCUGAUGCGUGCGUAUGACGAAGAACAAGCACAUGGCUUUGAACUACCCGAUGAUGAUCACAAGAGUACUUCAAGGAUGAAUGGGAUGAACGGGCGUGCCGGAAGAGCCUACGAAACGAUCGAGAUGGAGAAUCGCAAUUAGAUUUGCAUGCUGGCCCAUUUAUAUCUAAACAAAGAAUGAAAUUUCCCCUGCGUCACCUACCUACGCAGAAACGUUCCCCCUCCCGACCGCAUUGUAUAUUUCCCCUCCCCAAAGCGAUUUAUUUAUCGACGAAUUAGAACGGCCCCCCCUUUAUCCGACGAGAAAUCGCGCAUGAAACGGUAUUUAUGGUUUGAACGUUUUUUUUUUCGUUUUUUUGG